GGCCCCGGGGCCCUGAUAUAUGGAGCACAUCAGUACAGGACCUCGUUGUGGAGAUGCGAUGCGCACGCGGGUCUGGGAGCGCAUUUCUUGUGGGAGCUUUUAUUGAGGCUGGCGUUGCAGAAGUCGAUUAUAAUUUGCUGCUGCUUUUUUGUUGCUUUGCUGCUGGUUUCUGUUGCUUUGCUGCUGGUAUUACUGCUGGUCUGACUGCCGUUCGCUGACUGCUGUUGACCUCUCACUGUUGAAUAUCGAUUAUUGUCGAAGCUACCGAGUACUGUUGGUGCCUGUUGAUUACUGUUGAUUACUGUUGAUUACUGUUGAUUACUGUUGGUCACUAUUGAUUACCAUUGAUUACCAUUGAUUACCAUUGAUUACCAUUGAUUACCAUUGAUUACCAUUGAUUACUGUUGAUUACCAUUGAUUACUGUUGAUUACCAUUGAUUACCAUUGAUUACCAUUGAUUACUGUUGAUUACUGUUGGUGACUGUUGAUUCCUGUUGAAAUCCGU